AUGGUCUUCCUGUUUCUCACCUACCACCUCUGUGAGGCACGUGAUCGAAGCUAUUAUUCAGUCCUCACGGUGCCCAAUGGCGGGAAGUGGGGAGAAUGGGGGAAAAUUGAAUUCUGUCCUUCAGGAUAUGCAUACGGAUUCUCAUUGAAGGUACAGGAAAAACAAGGUAAGAAUAAAGACGAUACUUCCCUCAAUGGCAUCCGUCUCCAUUGCAAUAAAGGUGCAGCUGUAGAAUCUACCGUUGGACCGUUGGGAGAGUGGACAAAGAUUCAGGAAUGCCGCAGGGGUCUCCUGAUCUCCUUUGAUCUAAGAGUGGAAGGCCCACAAUUGAUACUUGAUGAUACAGCAGCCAACAACAUCCAGUUCGGCUGUACAGAUGGGACUAGACUGGAGGGCAAGUCCACCAACUUUGGUACUUACGGCCCAUGGAGCAAGCGCUGCACCACUGGUGCCAUCUGCGGGAUCCAAACAAAGGUGGAGGCUUCAGCUCUAGUUGAUAGCACAGCACUUAAUGAUGUCAAGUUCUUCUGCUGCGACUGA